AUGUCCGCCUCGGCGAGGAACCGAACCGCCACCGCCAGCUCCGAAAAAUCGUCACAAAGGGGCCGGAGCAAUGAGAUGCAAGACUUUACCAUGUCGCAGCCUAACGUGAUGCGCUACUUCGAGCCAUGCGCCGCGACGGCGUCCAUGUUUCUGUAUGCGCAGGGCUCGUCUAUCGUAUGCUGCCACCACGACACUCUUACGAUUGAGAGGAGGUUCUCGAGGCACUCGGACGAAGUUCAGUUACUUGCAGUCGAUACCCAGAGCGAAAUCGGAGCGGGAAGACUGGUAGUGAGCUACGAUGCCGGGCAGACUGCAAUUGUCUGGGAUAUUAUGACGGGCGACGAAGUGGCUCGAUUUGCCUCAUACGAGCAUCUGACGACUGCCGCUUGGAUGCGCAACGGAAACGUCGCCUUUGGUAACACACAGGGCAACAUUAUUCUAUUCGAGCCUACCACAUCCGAGCACAUUUCCUCCAGAACGAUUGAUCAGAUCGCAGUAACAGCACUCGCACCUGCUGCAGACUGCCGGACUUUCGCAAUCGGUUACCAAAACGGUUCUUUGCUAGUCGCAACUUUACAACCGCGGUUCACCAUCCUACACAACCUAGGUACCUCCAGAGCGCCUUCACCCAUAGUCACGCUCAAUUGGCAUGCCUCGUCAUCUCGACAGAAAUCAGACAUGUUGGCGGCCCAGACACAUGAUGGUGAUCUGCGAGUCUGGAGCGUCUCCAAGUCAUACAGCAGCGACGACCCCGCCAAGAUCGUGAGGAUUCUCAAACGCACCGACAACUAUCAAGCUGGACCCAACUGGAUGGGUUGGUCAAAGAACGGCCGAAUCAUUCAGUACUCUGAGUCAGAAACACUUUCGUGGGAUGUCCGUACUAAGCAUGUCACCUGGGACAGUAUCCCGACACUUGAGCACGUCAGAGGCCUGGCCGUUUACGGCCCCGGUGCCAGUCUCUUCACACUCGGGGUCAACAAUACGGUCCAGCAAUUCGAUCUUAAUACUCCGUCUAUCAUCGUAGCCAACGUCCAGCAUCCUGCCAACUUGUUGCCGCCAUCACCGCCGGUCUCAAUCGAAGAGCAGCAAGGACAGAAGACUUCGACAACGAUUGUUACCGACUCUGAUGCUACUUCCGGUACCAUUGAAUUGGGUAUCUCUGAGAGCGACGAAGACCACCUAUCCCCAUUUGACCGCAUUGUCGGCCGGAAGGACACGGGCACGCCCAGGGCGCUCGAUCCGUACGAUGCCGACUCUGCAAGCGCGGCCUCUAGCCGCAGCGGACUUUCUUCAGUGUCAAGAUCUUCCGGAGGAUCUCGGACGCCUGGCCGCUACCCUUCAUCAGCUGUUUCGCGAGGUAUGACUGAAAACACCUACAUCUCGGCUGGUUCGUCUUUGAGGUCGUCGGCUGCACCGUAUCAAGAAAGAGACAUGUACUCCAUGAGUGGAACCUCAAUGAUGACUGGCACCUCAACGUCUUCAUACCGAUCUCGGCGUUCGAGGCCCUCUCGCCUGCGAAAUGAGGUUCUGCCGAGCCCAGUCGACAAUAAGGUUCAUGAUCUUUUUCAGUACACGAGGAGCCGACUCAGUGAUAUUCCCUACAAGCAUCCGAUCGCCAUUGACAACAGGCGUCUCAACAACGACGACCUCCGCAAACAAAUGUUGAGCACUAUCUUUGGAUGGAACAAAGACAUCGAGGAUCUGGUACGGGAGGAGUUGAGCAGACACAACUCCGGUUCGCCGGGUCGCAUCCUCCUGAUGAAAUGGCUCGGCGAUAUUGAUGCAGAUGUCAUGGCAGCGAACUCAUCCUCCAUGACGUCUUCCGACUGGAUGUUGCUUGCGCUCAGCGGUAUUGGAGGCCAAGCCUCACAGCACAAGCUGGGUCGGGCUUAUGUUCAGAGACUACUGGAACAUGGCGAUCUUCACGCUGCUGUCACCAUCUUGAUUGGAAUGGGCGACCAACACGACGCCAUUGAGAUUUACAUCUCGCACAAGAAGUAUAUGGAGGCUCUCAUUUUGACUUGCCUGUGCUACCCUGCUGUCUGGGAACGGCAAUCGGCCAUCAUUAAGAAAUGGGGAGAAUGGGCUGUUAUGCACGGGCAACAGCAGCUUGCAGUUCGAUGCUUUGCUUGUACUGGAGCCGAGUCCGAUGAGCCAUGGACGUCUCCUUCCGCUGCCCAGGUCACCUUCCAGAGCAUCAACCAGAACCUCAACGAGGGAACCCCCGAAGUUUUAUCUCCUCCAUUAUCACCCCCUGGCGUCAAUCGCGGACCGCAGAGAAGUAUUGCAAAGACGUCCGCUCUGAAGCUCAUUACUUCUUUUGGCGAGCAAGCCGGGAAGUCAAGGUUCUAUUCGCAAGGCGAUGGUGGACAGACUCCGAUUGCCGCCGGCCCGACCCCUAUCGUCGACUCCGCUCUUACUCCUGGAGGCUAUGAUGUGACUACUGCUUUCAUCCGCCCACCAAACCGCAGUCAGUUCAACACGCCGAGUUCUGCAAUAUCCGGGGCAUCUGGUUUUGGCCGCAAGCGUCUACCUUCCAUUGGAGAAGUCCCCGCAGACUUGUCCCGCGACCAGCUUCGGACCGAAGGUGAAGAAUCCCGACGCGCUAUGCAAAUGCGCAAACCUACCGAGCAGGAUAAUUUUGCCGUCGGCCUAUCGUUACAGAGGGCUGCUACCGCAAGCCCCAUGAUGAUGCGAGACCAGUAUAAGAAGAUCACCACGCGGACAAGAGAGCCUCCCCCACCGUCCCCUGACGCCAGAAUGCUCGUUAAAAUGGAGGGCAGUAUGGCUCAGCACAAUGGCUCUCGAGACCGCAAGCCAAAGGGUCUUCACCUUGAACUAGGGGGUCUUAACAACAUGGCUAACGAGAUUACUUCUCCCGAACAAUCUGUAGCAUCUUCGACUCGCUUUCACUGGCCCUCUCGACGUCGCGGCCCGGGGUCCGUUACUAGUUCUGUCACAUCUCAAUCUACCACAGGCAAAAGCAUUCGGAGUAACACUACUGGUGGGCGACAGGACUAUAUCCACAGUCUGGAGACUGCUCAACGCCUUCAACAGCGUAAGCAGCGAAGCCGACACACAAGCCGGGAGGGUAAACGGGAUGGCUCCCGAGGCCGCGAUCGCGACCACAGCCGCACCCGUAAGACUGCUUCACGUGAGGCUUCUGCGGAACGUGGCCGCGCAUCGAGCCGCAACUGGCCUAAGCCGAAACACUCGCCGACCUCACCAAUUCCCAUGUCGCCCGAGGACCUUAUCAACUUGAGCACCCCCAGGAUGCUGCCUGAGGUGGUGGACCCUGCCACAGCCAGAAAGUCCAGCAAGAGCAGAAGGGGAACUAGUCGUGCGUCUAGUCGUGGCAGCCAAGGUCGCGCCAUAAGCCCCGAUGCCAGACGCCGCCCUCCUGCGCUUGACCUCCGCGGCCGAAGCGCGGACCGUGAGGGUGGCUCUCGUGCCCGAUCGCCCUCAAGCCCGCUUCCUCUCUCGGCCAACCUGAUUCAUUAUCAAGGGUCCGAGGACGAGGAAGACUACAUCAAGGCUGUCAUCGAACAGGAAAACUUCAGGAACCGACAUAACAGGAGCACCAGCCAACACGGAUAUCGCAACGCCCUCUCCCCUGAACUGACUAGAGUCUUUCCCCAGCGGGCCCAGCGGGACCGAUCCGAGAGCCGUCGUCGUCAAGCUGAUGAGAAUCUCGAUCAACCCCGCGACAUCAGUCCAAACCAGUCGAAGUCGCGUGCCGCUUCUACUGAGCAUGCUGGAGACCUCAAGACCAUGAAGGACGAGAGGCAGCGCAAGAAGGAUGAGGCCGCCCGCGAGCUUGAAGAGCGGCGCAAGUCGCUUGCACAACGACCGUCAGCACCCCCAAUCCCCCAUCCCAACCACAUCCGCAUCGGCAUUGAGCCGUCAUCCAGCGCUGUUGAGCUCCCUCCUCGUAGCCACACCGCGGACCCGACUCAAAGGGGCAUGUACGCUCGCAGCAACUCCAACGUCCACUUAGGGCUUCCUGCGACACCUAAGGCCAUGCGUCUGAUCAUUGAGUCCGACAAGGACAAUAAUAACAUUCCUGUGCCCCCAAUCCCAGCGACAUUUGCACAGCGGCACUCCCCGGCAACCUCGCCUCAGCAGCAGUCCCCAGCGAAGGAUAAGGAGGCGGACCUCCUCACACUUCUCCCGCAGACGACUUACCAACUUCCGUCAUCUGUUUAUCAGCCUCCCGACCGGGGCAUGAUACCUCGCAGCAUGUCCGCCCCGCCGAUUCCUCCUGAUGGGCCAUCCCCAAGAGGACCAAGUUCCCACAGCAAGGGGCUUUCCCGAGGCCCGUCAAUGAGACAAGGCAACUUGGGAGAAAUUCGCACAGUUGACGACAUGAUCCGCGCCAGGCGCGCCUCGCAGGAGAGCAACAACUACGGUGCACUGCCACCACCGCCACCGCCGCCGCCUCCCCCACCAAUGCUGAGGGAGUUGCAACAUCUCGCCAUGCCUCCUCCUCCGCCACCUGCACCCCUUCCGUACGCUUCUCACAGCAACGCUGGCGGGCAUGGAUCUGGCAUGAUCGAGAUCGUCAUGGACGACGACAAGCCCAUCCCCGCGACCACCGCCGCACCCAUGGACACUACCGUUCCUGUUCUUUCGUCACCCGCUCCCCCAACAUCCAAGGGCCACAUUCGCGGUCGCAGCUUUACUGAGCGUGAUAGCAGUCUUGCCGGUCGCCUCUCAAAGGCCACCGACCGUUUCCGGUCCGGUAGUCGUACCCGCAAGGAGCCCUCCAGCCGCCCUCGCGGUCAGGACGACUACGAAUACGCGCCUUACGAGAGCGUUCUCAUGCCGACGAUCUACGGUCGCGAUGACAUGCGAUCUCCCCCUGCCAUGACGGCCAUGACGCAGAAGGGUCUGCCCACCGGCCUGCACCAGAGCGAGAUGAUCUAA